AAAGACAGUUCUCUGCCCAUCAUGCAAGCUCCCAUACUGGGCGUGCAUAAUCUUCACCAUCAUCUUCAUGCCAGCCGUCAUACUCGGGGGGUGCUUUGCCCUCCUUUGGACUGUUAUUGGGGCAUUUAAAGUCUUGGACUACCUCAUCGAGUCGUAUCGGUUCCUUCACUGGCAGCAUACACGCAUGGCCAUCUUCUGGGAGUGGUACAAGUCGCGUAAGACUCGGGAAUGGUUCAAGUCGGCCCACGGGAAAUCCGUCGCUGAACGUGACUCCCUCGCCCUCGGGGAACGGCUCCAGAGGCUUCGCCGGAAGUCAACCAACUUGAUCGCUUCCCUCGCCGUCAAGACAUGGGACUCAAUCAGGUACGUCCUUCGUCGUUAUGUUCCCUCGCCGCCUCGCAGCCCAACCACCGGCGCUGCGCACUUGCCCAAGGGCCUGCUCGCACUGCCCCUCGCGCUCCUCGCGCUCCUCGCCCCGCUCGCUCGUGCUGCCCCUGCCGAAGCCUCUUCGACCAGUACACCGACGGCCAAGCGAGUUGAACGAGGCCGGCUGUGUCGCCACGUCUCCGAAGGUGUGUGUUGGAUGUUGUGCACCAGCAUCAUUGUCGCAGGGGUGACCGGCCUCUUCGCGGCCUACUUCAUCUUGCGGUGCAUCAACCACUUGAUCUACGACGUUGAUCCGAAGACUUAUGCCGUGCUCGAUGUCUUCUCGGCGUGGCUCCGGUCGCUCCCGAGGAAGGCUGGUGGUGUUGUGACCGCCCUCACCGUCAACUUAUGGACCACCCUACGGGGGCCAUCGCGCUUUGGUGGCUCUUCCUUGAUUGGGCAUACAACCGCGACCGAUACCGAGAUUGGAAGGCGAGGCUCGGCGGUCGGAUCCGUCGAGGUGUGACGAGCGCGUGGCGGGGAAUCGAGUGCGCCGCUGCGUGGACUUGGCGCGCCAUUGUGAUCAUGGCUACCAGUCCGAGGAGCGGGGCAAAGCGGGCGGCAAAGGGGACAAAGGACGGUAUUGCUGACGCAGUUAGGGCGGCGGCCACCUCGCUUUCAAAGAUCAUCCGCCGCCGUCCCGAAGUGGUGGUGCCACAGCCCUUCGGCCCGCUGCAGUCGGACAUGGACAUGGAGAGCGAAAUCAGGGAAAGCGAGGCCGCGUUUGGAGACAUCAACAUCAAGAAGGCCAAGCACAAGCCCGCAGAGUUUGACGACGCGCGCUCCUACUCGACCGUCGCGCCGUCGUACCACACACAGGACGGCGCUCGCGCACCGAGCUACGCGUCAAAGGACCCGCACCCACCGCCGAGCUCCUCCGCGCCGACGUACUGCUCGGGCGACGGGCCGUACCUCGCGUCGCGUCCGUCUUCACCGCCGGGCUCCAUCUACUCCGAGGUCGAGUCGCUCGGUGAAGUGCCGGACCUUGUGACGAGAGGAGUGGUGCCGCAACGACCACCCCGCUCUGUGUACCGGCUCUCCCGGAUGGGCGUGCCGACGUUCACCUCGCCAUACCAGGGCCCGUCGUACCUCACCACCACUCAGCUGCUUGGGCUUACCCGCGCUACUGUGCCGGAGAGUGACGAUAUAGCGUCGUCGGUGGCGGACAGCGGCGCGCCGCUGAUUGCCUGUCGCGGCCAUGACUCGGUGUAA